CAUCAUGGUUUUGUUGUUUUGUAGUGUUUACGUUUUUAUUGAUGUUAAAAGCUAAAAUGUAUUUAAUGCGAUUCAAGAUCAGUUUGACUCUGACAUAGGUUCGGUGUGCGCUUGUAUAGACCGUUGUUUUACCUGUUCGGCCAACGGUACGCGCCAUGUAUUCGAAAGGCAAGGGGUCGUCGGUGCCGUCGGACGCACAGGCCAGAGAAAGGUUAGCACUUUACGUAUAUGAGUACCUAUUACACACUGGCGCCUCCAAAGCGGCGCAGACAUUUCUUAGCGAGAUACGCUGGGACAAAAACAUUACGCUAGGCGAACCCCCUGGAUUUCUCAGUUCGUGGUGGUGCGUUUUCUGGGACCUGUACUGUGCGGCGCCUGAACGUCGUGAUAACUGUGAACAUUCCAGCGAAGCUAAGACAUUCCACGACUAUGGGUUCGUGAACCCAACCAAUUACAACCCCGGUGGCGUCAACGGUAUUGGACACAACACUGGCCCUUCUCCUGGACCGAUGGGCCCUAUGCCACCAAACGAAGUGAUUGCGCCCGGACCCGGAAUGCCGCCAAACUUUUUCAACAAUUCCAAUAUGAGACCAUCAAAUACCCAUCCUGUAUCACAAUCAAGCCCUCAUCCACCACCCAAUGCACCUCACAAUCAAAUGAUGAAUCAACCGUUUAUGGGCCCUAGAUAUCCUAGUGGGCCAAGACCCGGUGUACGAAUGCCACCUCAUAUGCCCAAUGAUUUUAAUAGCCCUAAUCAACCUAUGAUGAACAAUAUGGAUAUUAUGCGCCCAGGGCCUCCGGUAAUGAAUCCAAGAAUGAGUAUGUCACGGGGUGGUUACGGUCCUCCAAUGCGAGGGCCUCCAAUGCCUCCCGGUAAUGUUAUGGGUCCUGGACCUGGUCCGGGUAUGCAUCCUGGUAUGGGCAUGGGUGGUCCAGUUGGUCGGCCUCAAUGGACACCAGGUAAUCCUAAUCAUCCAAUGGGUUAUUCGUCUUCAUCACCCAAUAAUUACCCUCCAGGCCCCCCUGGUCCUGGAACACCAUUAAUGGCGAGUCCACAAGAUUCAAACUCUGGUGGUGAAAAUAUGUACACAAUGAUGAAAUCUGUGCCCGGUGGCAAUAUGCCUGGGGAAUUUUCAAUGGGAAACCCUGAUUCCGCAGGACCAUUGGGUCCAAUGGGACCAAAUUCAAUGGGCCCUGUAAUGAAUGGUGAUGGAAUUGAAGGUAUAAAACGAUCACCACCUGAUGGACCAAGUACGCCAAGAGAUGAUAGUGGUAGUGGUAUGGGUGACUAUAAUCUUGGAGGAUAUGGUGGACCCGUGGACAACGAUCAAAAUGAAUCUGCGGCAAUAUUGAAAAUUAAAGAAAGUAUGCAGGAAGAAGCAAAAAGGUUCGAAAAAGAUUCUGACCAUCCAGAGUAUUAUAUACCAUAAGUUUUGGGCAUUUCAAAAACAACUCAUCAUCUCUGGUAUUGAGAAAUAAAUUUCUUGCCAAAAUGUAUGUACAUUUAAAUUAUUAUUUAUCAUUUAAAGGUUUAAAAAUACUUAAUAUCAUUGUAUAUAGUCUCCAGUGUGGCAUGUAAAAACGCUAUCAAUAUUAUGUGCUUCUUGUAUUUUGUUAUUUCUUUUAUAGUAUUUUAAGAAAUUUCUGUGGGUCACAUUGUUCUUGUAUGUAAAUUAAUAACAAUCAGAAUUUAGACAUAAUCAAUGUACCUAAUGAAAUGUUUUAUAAACAUCCUAUUUGGAGUUUAUGCAAUUUUACCAUUACUUACAAUGCAAGUUAAUAGAAUUAUUAUUUUACUAGGAUAUUCCAGUAUCUUAAAUUAAUAUUUUUAAUUUGAAAAUAAUAUCAAAUCAAUUAUUUAGAUAAAACAUUUUUUAAACUAAAUUACCUAGUUAUUAGUUUUUUUUUUUUUUUUUUGCGAAUAAUAAUUUAUAUUAUAAUCUUUUUCUAAACAUUCAAAUUAAAACAAACAAAUGUAUGUUGUAUUUUUAAAAUUGUAUAAAUAUAAAUGUGUAAAUAUUAACUUACACAAUAGUCGCAACUGCAAUAAAGCUAUGUAUUUAUUGGGUUCCCAUGGAGGAUAAUUGUAGAAUAUUAUACUGAAAUUGCUUAAAUUUCAAUCUAACUAAUCGACUUGCCUGUAUAUGAUUUGAAGCAGACAUCUAGUAUUUUCAUAAUUAUUCUAUAGGGAAAUGGCCAGUGAUAAAUUUUGUUUUUUUUUUUUUUUUUAUCAAAUAUUGAUAAUUGUAUUGUGAUGACAUGUAUUUUACUUAAAUCUAACACAAUGCGUCUUAAAACAUACAAAUUUGUAUGAUAAUAUAUAAUUAGUAAAAAUAAAUUGAAUACGUACCAGUAAAAUUUUCAGUUAAGAUGCGCGAUUCAAUUUUGAGGGUCAUGUUAAGAUUUAGUGUACACAUAUUUUUUAUCUACACGUAAAUUAUUUUGUUUAUUAUUCUUUUUGAAAUGUAUAAAAUGAGAAAUGAAGAAAAAUGUAUGUGCUGAUUCUCCUGUAGACUCAGCACCUCAUUAUCCUAGAGUGUAACAUAAAUUUAUAUUGUAUAUUCAUGUGAACAUAUUUUUAAUCUAUUUUUAUCUUUGUACCUACGUGUUGCCGACCUAGUGAGAGUACAACCAAAAUUUUGUUGUUUAAAUUGCAUGAGUUUUUUUUUUUUUUUAAGUGUUGUGUACAACGCUCUCGAAAGAAGCGUUCCAAUUUAUUGUUCUUAUUUAGUAUUAUAAAUCAUAUUGUUCUUAAUUUUUAUUCUAUACAUAGUGUGUCUCCCGACCAAACCCUGUCCAUAAAAAUAUGUUUUCUUCUAAAGCUUCUAAUUAAUUAUUUAUUUAAUUUUUUUUAAAUUAGUUAAGGUUAUAUUUAAGUAUUUGAUAAAUUAUAAUAUGUAUAGUAUUAAAUAGCACUAGAAAUUAAUAUUUAUUGUACUGAUGUAUAAAAAUAAAAACAAAAUAUAGUUUGGCUCAAAUGUUCAAAGCGCUUUAAACGCUACUCGCAAAUAUUUUUGAAUUGUUAACAAGUACUACGAUUUUGGUCUUAAAUGAAAAACUCCAUUUGGUUUUUUAAAUAUUUUUUCUACGUUAAUUUGUUAGCAUGAUACUUUCAGUUUUUCGUACCUAGGUACGUUAAUUAUUCUUAUUUACGAUCAUUGGUUUUAAUAAGUGCGUUCGCAUAAUGUAUGUUUGUUUUUUUUCUCCUAAAACAUCGAAUUGGUAUCAUUUAAAAUCAUCAACAACGUUAAAUACCUAUUAAUUGUAAAUUGAAUCAAGAAUAUUAAACAGUUAUUAUAAUUUUUUUGUUAAUAAUGUCGAAAACCUCAAUUUUAGCGUCUUAUGUCAAUAUACCUAUAUAUUAAAUAUUAUUAUAAACAGACGAAAUGUUGUCCCAACAAAAGAAUCUAUAUGAUAACUAUAACUUUAUGAUUGUAUAUAAUAUUAUAUCGGUGUGUACAUAUAGGCUGUGGAUUAAAAUUAAAAAUAUUUAGACAAUUUUAUUAUUGAAAAAAAUAUACUAUAUAUAUUAAAAGCAAUCUCUACUCAUUGUUAGUCUUAUAAUAUACCUACCUAUUUACAUUUUAAGGUAAUCUACGAUAGUUAAUUAUGUAUAAUAUAUACAUAUAUAUAUGUACCUAUAUUAAUUAUUGCGAAAUCCAAAGGAAUUACAUUUUUUUUUUUUUUUUUUAACUUCGUUUUUAAACGCCUCGAAAACCCAACCUCUAGUCUUUGUACUAUUUCUUCAUUUUUCUUAGGUAUAUGCGUAUUGUAUUAUAUAUACCUACCUGUAUAUUAAAUACGGGCGUGUAAUAUUAUCGAG